AUGAAAGGGAGUAUUAAUGCUGAAGGGGGCGAGGGGGACGCUGAUGAUGUUGUGAGAGAGGAAAAGGUGGGCCACGAGAGGGAUGAUCAAAGUCGGGUAAAAGGUGUGACCCCAAAUGGACUGAGUAGUUUCACCCCCAGUGAAGCGCAACGCCUGAACCAGGGCUCUUCCCCCAUAUGGGAGGGAAUGAACCACCAAGUGAGGAGUACCCAACAGAGUAGCCCCAGCAAAGAGAGCGCAAGUACGAAGAAGAGUUGCCCACUGAAGAGCAACUUCCUUUACCCCAUCACAAAACACACCAUACUAAGGAGCGUAAGCACUAUAAAGGAAUGCAUCUCUGCGAAAUGCGCCAUGCCGGAACACACACAGGGAGGAACAAGACCGACAAGCGAAAAAGAACCAACCAUUAAAUCUCCCGUAGUGCACUCUUUCAUCCAAGCGAAUGAAAAAAAAAGCAACAAAAUGAAGGACAUCACGUCGAUACAAAUGCCCGCGCACAGAAACGUAAGCACCUUUGCUAAGAGGAACCCCCAACAAAUCUUAAAAAGUUACAUUUAUAUGAUAAAUAGUGAAAGGAACAAUUUUUACCUGAACACGGAAUGUACAGAUAAAAAAGGACAUAAAAAUAAAUUCCCUCCUCAUAUUUUAAAAGAGCGAAUAUUGAACUUUAGUAAAAGACCCAGGGAUAUAAUUUCUAAGCUAUCGAACAACUGCAGCAGUGGCAACAAUUUGGAGAAAAAUAAAAAAAAAAUCAAAGUUGAUAAGGAAGAAGAAAAUGACGAUGUUAUCCUUUUGGACGGAGAUCAAAAUUUACCUUGCCGUUCAGGUGAAAAUGGGCCAAAAAGUAGCAAUACGGGAAACAACAAUUUGGUAGAGGGGUACAAUAAGAGGAAGAACACAUGUGGAAGUAACACCUUCAGUUUUUUGAAAAUCCCCUUUGCAGUGAAACAGAAAGAUGGUAAAAUUACCGCUAAAAGGAGCGGCAUAGCAAUCGCGGGUGCGGGCAUAAAAAAUAAACAAAGUAGCGCAAAUCAUACGAGUGGAGAAAAAAGUGACAGUGUGAAAAACGCGUCGUUUAAAAAAAUUUUUAGUGCAGAGGAGAUGCACAAGAUAGAGCUGAAUUACGACAAUAAUUUUAGCGGCAUAGAGAAGAAGGAAGAAGAAAAGGUGAAGGACUUCUACUGCAAGUUUUACAAAUGUACACAGGCCGCGCAAAAGAGAAGUGAGACCAACCCAGGCUGUGCCAGCGACGCCGCAAAUCUGCAGACUUCCUGCUUACGAACGCUCGAUGCGCCGUCCAAAUACUGCAAAUCGUGCAGGAAAUUUUUAAAGCUGCUCAUAUCUCACGGCACCAAGUACAAAGGAACGCUAGUAGGCAUAAACUUUAUCCACCCAGACGCGCAAAACAUUUUGUACGUGUACAAGUGCGAUAAACAGCACGAAUUUAACCUGUCGCUCUUUCACAUUAUGCACAAUUUGUGGUGCCCUCAUGAUUAUUGCCUGUUCGAGUGUAAGGGCAAGAAUAAGAAAAGCUACGCGACUGAGUUUUUUCGCCUCAAAGAGUUGGACACCAUGGAAAAGCAGAAGGACCUAUUUUUGCAGGCCAAAAUAUUUUGCCUCGUCGAUCCGGAGAAUGCCUUGCCAGACAGCAGCGAAAACGCCGGCGCAGAAUGCACCGAUGAUGUUGAGAGAAUUAUAAGGAACGCCAACGACCCGUGGGAAGUUCUCCAGAUCAAGAAAUUUUCCAAAAUGAAGUUGUGUGACAAGGAGUUAAAAAGGAAAGCACGAACAAAUUAUCGCGCCCUGGCCCUGAAGGUUCACCCCGAUAAGAACAAAAGUAAAAAUGCCACGUUAGCUAUGAACAUUUUAACCAACUCGAUGAAGGCAAUAACAUCCGCGUGGAAGCAUUUUUUAGUUUGA